GGAGGUUCCCCCCGGCGGCCCCGCUCGCCCCUGGCCCGGCGGGGGCAUGCCCGGCCCCAGGAUGCCGGCUUGGGGGAUCCUGCCCGUCACCCUGCCCGCCUUCACCAUCACCGGCAUGUGGAUCGUGUAUGCCAUGGCACUCUCCAACAACCACAUCUGCCCCGUGCACAACUGGAAUUACAACCAAUCCUGCGGGGUUGAUGGCCCUGGUUCCUGCUGCACACUGGACCACAUCCCCCUGGUCAGCAAGUGUGGCACCCUGCCCCCCGAGAGCUGCUUCUUCAGCCUCAUCUGCAGCCUGGGCUCCUUCAUGGUCAUCCUGGUGGGGCUGCUGCGCUACGCCCACCUCCUGGAGCGCCUGGGACCCUCCCUCCUCAACACCCUGGGGCUGGCCACCGGCUGGGUCUGUGCUGCUGGCCUCACCAUGGUCGGCAACUUCCAGGUGGAUCAUGCCAAGGUGCUUCACUACAUUGGGGCAGGGGUGGCCUUUCCCACCAGCAUGUUGUUCCUGCUCCUGCAGUCCGUCCUCACCUACCGCAUGGCCAGAACCCGUGGGCAGUACUGGACCGGACACUUGCGGAGCAUCCUCACCACCGUGGCCUUCAUCACCCUCGUCUUCAGUGGUGUGUUCUUCAUCCAGGAGAGCUUUGUGCUGCAGCAUGUGGCUGCCCUCUGCGAGUGGGUGUUCAUCAUCGACGUCCUGGUCUUCUAUGGCACCUUCACCUUUGAGUUUGGGGCCAUCUCCACAGACACCUUUCUGGUCCUGCUGAAAGCCAGCCGGGCCCCCAAAAGUUACAAAGGGGAGAGCAGCGUGUCCAGCACAGCCCACAUCCACAGCCUGGCCGAGGGCCUGGCCAUGGCCUGACCCCCUUUUUGGGGGUGGCCUCAAGACUCAGGGUGGGGACCCCAAAAUCAGGCUCUGCCAGCGACUCCUCCUGAGCCCCGAAUGUCUUUGAGAUCCUGGCUGCUUCUGGGGGGGUCUCUGUGGCCUCCUGGUGGGAGCUCCUCGGGGGUCUGUCCCUGCCUGCAUGCCCCAGGGGGGUCUCGGAUGUGGGGGGGAAGGGCAGGUAGUGCCUUGUGCUGCUGCAGGCUGAUGGGGGGGACUAUACUGGCCCCCCCAGCCAGGGCUCUGGCUGCUCGGGGCUUUCCGUGCCUCCGUGUCCAAGACUUCCCACAUUUUUUCCAGCUUGGAGGAGGAGAUUGCUGAGCUGGGUUUCACCUCCAGGGCCGCAGCCUUCCCUUGCUGGCUGUCAGUCAGCUGGGUCAGGAGGUGGAUUUUACCCCCACAUCAGGGAUGUCCUGCAGGGAUGGUGCCUUCAGAGGGGUGGAUGUCCCCUGCAGGGCUGUCCCCCCAAGCAGCCUCUCUGCCCCAGCCUUAUCUCCCCGUUCUGCUGGGACCCCCAAAUCCCUUCCUGUCUGUUCACCCCCAGCCUGGGGUGGCCCUGGUGGGGCUGAGAAGAGGGAGUGUGGAGGGUGAGGAAUGUGUGUGUGUGUGAGUGUAUAUGCAGAUUUACUUUAUAUAUAUAUAUAUAUAUACAUGCAUAUAUGUAUAUGAAUUUUCCCUUGUCCCUGCAGAGGGGCGUUUGCUGCUGUGGUGUGUGUUGAUCAGGUCAGGCUGCCUGGUUUGCCCACCCUGUCCCAUAAACCCACCAGUAUAUGUAGUUGGAAGAGGAGC